CUCUGGACACCUUUGGUCACCUCUGGUCACCUUUGGGCACCUUUGGUCACCUCUGGUCACCUUUUAUCGCCUCUUAUCGGCUCUUACCACCCCCCACCUCUCACCCGUCAUCUCCUUUCACCUCUUCUUGUCACCUCCUUGUCCCCUGUCGCCACUCACUUACUUGCCGGAGCUUGACCCUCGCUCGCCGGGCCAUGUCCCUGCGCGGCGGCCGCGGGCUGCCCGGGCUGGCGGCCGUGUCCCCGCUGCCCUCCCCGGGCACGGCCCCGCUCACGCCGCUGGUGCUGGACAGGGCUGAGAGCCCGGAUAGGCACCGGGACACCCCGAGGAGGGGGCACGGGCGGCCACUCCUCCCGCGGCUGUGGCACCCACUGGCCCCGGAGCCGCUGGCCUGGGACCGUGCCUGUCCCCGCGACUCGGUCUCCUGGCAGCCCACGGAUGCAGGUGAGGGAUGCGGCUGCUCGGCCCCACAGCCGUCCCCAAACGGCGCCGGGGUCGUGCCGAGAGUGUCGGAGUGGGGUCGGUGGUGUCUCGGCAGGGCUUGGCCGAGGGGCUGGAGGCGGGGCAGCUUCUGGGGAGCGUUGGGCAGGAGCCCGUACCUGCACUGCCCGGGGCUCAGCCACGAACCGCUCCGCUGGGGACGCCGCUCACGCUUCCAGAAAACCAUCGCGGAGUUUGGGAGAGCUCUCAAAGACAGGAAGCUCCUUCGCCAGAGGAUCAGCUCCUUGCCGCAGUGCCAGCUGAAAGCCAGCCCGGUGCUGAAGGACACCUCCCAGCUCCAGGUGCGCAGGGACAGAGUGCGGCAGCGCCAGAGCGAGCCCGAGGAUGAGGAGGGCUUUGUCCCCAAAAAGCUGCAGAGGCUGGGCCAGCGGAGCCGGCUGCCCGCCAGCCACGGAGCUGCCAGGAGGGACCUCCUUGCCAAGAGCCCCUGCGGCGCGCCAGAGCUGCUGGUGAGAGAGGCUGGAGCGAUCAGGAGGAACCACGGAUGGGCGAUCAUGAGCAAAGUGGCAUCUGCCGCUCCAACCUCCCCGGAGGCGUGUGCAUGUGGGAGAUGGGCGGGCUGGGGGGUCCUGGGGACACCUGAGCCAAAGUUGCGAGGCACUGGGAGCUGGAUGGACCUUGGGUACGGGACCCGUGCCUGCCUGGGGGUGGGAAGCAGCUGGCAGGAUUGUCCCCUUCACGAUCUCCUCUGCCUCUCCCCCAAGUUCCCCCAGCUGCUGCCGUGGCAGAGUGAUGCCACAGUGCCCCCGGGGAUGGAGAAGUCGGUGACCACACCAGUGAAAAAGAAGAAGGAGGCAAAGCGGCGUCCGGGCAAGCGCGGCCAGUGCCGGCAGCUCUUCCGCUCGCCCUCGGUGCCCGGCAGUGUUCCCGGGCCCCUCCCGAAGCGGAGACUUCCCUCGGACAGGGACAGCCCUGCCAAUGCCAAGUGGCAGAAAAGUGUGGCCGGCAGCCCUGAGCAGGAGACGUCGCUGGAGCCGGGAGUGUGGUUGGAGCCCUACAGGUCUGCCCAGCUCGAGAAGAUCGAGAACCUGCUGGCCAGCGAUGACCAGGAGCUCAUUGGGGACUUCUCUAAGCCUCACCUCCUCCCGACGGUGGAGGGGAAGGACCCGGGCCUGAAGUACAUCUCCCCUGGCACGCUGGCGGCGGUGCUGUCGGAGCACUACAGCAGCUUCAUCGAGAGCAGCGUCGUCGUGGACUGCCGGUACCCCUACGAGUACGAGGGUGGCCACGUCAAGGGCGCUGUCAACCUGCCGCUGCAGCGGGACGCGGAGGAAUUCCUGCUGGAGCGGCCCAUCGUGCCCCAGGAGGCCGGCAAGAGGGUGAUCAUCAUCUUCCACUGCGAGUUCUCUGUUGAGCGGGGGCCCAAAAUGUGCAAAUUCCUGCGGGAGAGGGAUCGCUGCUGCCACGAGUACCCGCAGCUGCUCUACCCCGAGCUCUACGUCUUGAAGGGGGGGUACCGCGAGUUCUUCUUCCAGUUCCCGGGCCACUGCGAGCCCCGGGACUAUCGGCCCAUGGAGCACCCGGCGUUCAAGGAGGAGCUGCGCAAGUUCCGCGGGCAGAGCCGGUGCGGGCGGCGGGCGCUCUUCGUCCUCUGAGCACCCGGGGGUCCCGCAGUCCCACCGGGGGAACGCCGGAGCAGGGAUUGUAGGAAGGGGAUCCCUUGGCUGGAGAUGCACCUCGGCUUGGGCUGGCUUAUCGGAUGGCUUUGGGGUGGUAUUUAGUGUUAGGAUUGGGUUUGCGUUUGUUUAUUGCUAUAAUUUUUUUUUCUGUUGUUAUAAAUAUUUUUGUGUUUGUUGUUAUGCUUUUUUUGAUUGUUGGUAUAAUUGUUUAUUGUUAUAAAUAUUUUUGUGUUACUUGUUAUAACUAUUUUUAUGUUCAUUGUUAUAAAUAUUUUUGUGUUUAUUGCUAUGAAAUUUUGGGUAUUGGUAUAUUUGGUUAUUUGGUAUAUUGGUAUAUUUGGUACAUCGGUACAUUUGGUAUAUUGGUAUAUUUGGUAUACCGGUAUAUUUGCUUAUUUUUUUGUUUGUUCAUUAUAAAUACUUUUGU